CUGUGGGAUACUUUAUUUGUCAUACUUUUUUUUUUUAUUAUUAUUAUUCAUGUCAAAAGUUAAUAUUACAAACAAACACAACGAAACACUUGUUGGUAUCUUGGAAGAAAAACCUCAGUUUGAUAUAGAACGACAGCAUAGACUAGUUUUGAUUGUACAUGGUGUAUUAGGACACAAGGACUAUCUUUUCCAUCGAGUACUUGCUCAAACACUUCCCAUGUCUUCAUUUCGUUUUGAUUUUAGAGGCAAUGGUGAAAGUGAUGGCUCACCUGGUUAUUGUAAUAUUCUGGAAGAUACAGAGGAUAUUCAUACAGUAGCUGAUUAUUUUGAGGGACUUGGAUAUCAAAUUUAUGCAGUCAUUGGCCAUUCUCGAGGUAAGAAGUGUUUUUGGUAUAGCAUACACGAUAUAUAUAUGUAUUGUAUUAGGUGCAUUAGCUGCAUUCAAGUAUGCCACGACAUGCGAAAAGCCUUUACCCCUGAUGGUCAAUAUCUCUGGUCGUUUUAAAAUGAACGAUAAUCAAAUCAAUACCAGUAGACCCGAAAUUGGAAAAGCAUUAAGAGAAAAUGGCUAUUUUGACUGGCAUGUCAAACAAAGAGACAAAAUAGCUACAAUUAAAGUCACUCAAGACCAAGUAGACAAAUUCUGUCAUUGGUCCAAUGAACAUGUCUCUCGUAUGCCAUUGUCUACAAGCGUAUUGACAUGUCAUGGAUUAAAGGAUAAUAUUGUACCUCCUUAUAAUGCAGCCAUGUUUGCAAAUAAAGUUCCAAAUCAUACACUGGUACUCAUUCCGGAUGCAGAUCAUAAUUUUAAAGGCAAAUUCGAACAAGUAACUCAGUAUAUCGUCGACUUUUUUGCUCAACAUGAAUAUGACAACUAUCAAAAAGCAUUGGGAAUGGGACAAGGUGCUAGUUUAGUCAUUCCACGCUGGAUUGAUGUAGAAGGUGUAAGAAACUUUCGUGAUAUUGGUGGUUGGCCAUUAAAAGAUGGCAGUGGCUAUAUUCGUGAAAGAACCGUGUUCCGAUCUGGACAUUUAGCACAAGUGUCUACUCAGGGACGCCUUAGGUUAAAUGAAUUAAAUAUCAAGGCCAUUUUUGACUUUAGACUGGAUCAUGAAAUUACUCGAGAUGGCGUACCAGAACCUAUGCCAGGUAUCACUCGUUUUAGCAAAGAUCUGUAUAAACAAGUUGUAAAGACAAAUGAAGAAUACUUCCAAAAGUUAAAAGUCUUUUUGGAUGGUGAAAAAGGCUUUGCUGAAGGCUAUAGAGUUAUUUUAGAAUCAGGCAAAAAACUGAUUGGGGAUGUGUUUAGAUAUAUGAUUCAAGAGUUGUCGAUCCGAGAACGUUCGGCUAUGGUCAUUCACUGUACUGCAGGUAAAGAUCGCACAGGUGUAUUUAUCAUGGUACUUCUGGGUCUUUGUGGUGUAGACGAUGAGAUUAUUGCUAGAGAAUACGAAUUGUCCAAUGUGGGCUAUUUUGAUUUUGAAAAAGACUUGGAAAAAAGAGCAUUGAAAUUGAAUGUUACUGUGGAAAAUUUGCGUGCUGCUUUAUCUGCAUCGUAAAGUAACUUAUUUAAAUAAUGAUGCAUAAUUGACUGCAAUUUUUAGAUAUGGUGGAAUGAAGCUGGCUAUUGAUCAAUUAAAGCAGACGUAUGGUUCUUUUGAAGGUUUUGUUCGUGAUGGCUGUGGAUUGACCAUGAAUGAAAUUUGUCUUGUACGCCAAUUGAUGGUGGUGCCUAUUCGGUUUGAAGAACGUCAGUUGUAUAGACCAAAGAUUUAGAUUCCAUAAAGUCAAAGAUGAAUAUGGAGAACACAAGAAUGUUAUAAUAACCUUUUUUAUUGACUUUACUUGCUCCGUUAUUUAAUUCUCCCCUUUCUAAACAAUAUAAAACCCUUU